CGGCAGGUGCCGCCCGGGCCCCGUCGCUCUGCCCCGCGGCCCGGCCCCGCCGGCAGCUCGGCCGUGCCGUCCCGGCGGCGCUCGGGGGGCAGGGCGGGCCGGCAGAGGUGGCCGCAGUCCCCGCCUCUCCCGCGGCUUGCUCGGUGAAGGCCGGGCCGGGAGGAGCCGCUCGCCGGCGCCGCGGCCCGCUGGAGCCAUGGGCUCCCACCGCAGCGAGAGCGACUGGCAGGGGCUGCUGAGCGAGUACCUGGUGUGCAAAAGGAAACUUGAAAGUAAGAAGGAGGCAUUGCUCAUCCUUUCCAAAGAGCUGGACACCUGUCAGCAAGAAAGAGACCAGUACAAACUGAUGGCCAACCAGCUGCGGGAGCGACACCAGUCCCUGAAAAAGAAGUAUCGGGAGCUGAUUGAUGGGGAUCCAUCACUUCCACCUGAAAAGAGGAAACAGGCAAAUCUUGCUCAACUACUGAGUGAGGCUCAAGAUCGAAAUAAACAUCUUGGAGAAGAGAUUGGAGAGCUUCAGCAGAGACUGGGAGAAGUACAAGGGGACAAUAAGCUCCUUCGAAUGACCAUAGCAAAGCAGAGGCUGGGGGAUGAUGAAGUUGGGGCUCGCCACUUUGCAGCACACGAGCGGGAGGACCUUGUUCAGCAGCUGGAGAAGGCUCGAGAGCAGAUUGAGACCCUGAGAUAUGAUCUUCAGGCUGCACUGGAUGAGCUACAGGAUGUGAAAGAGGAACGCUCUGUUUACCAAGACAAGUCUGACAGACUGAACCAAGAGCUGAAUCAUGUCUUAGGAGGGCAUGAAAACAGGAUCAUUGACAUAGAUGCUCUCUGCAUGGAGAACAGGUAUCUUCAAGAGAGAUUAAAACAGCUUCAAGAGGAAGUCAACCUUCUGAAGUCUAGUAUUACUAAAUAUAAGAAUGCACUAGAGAGACGAAAAAAUUCAAAGGCUCAUAGUAGAUCCAGUAGCAGUGCUCUGACUGGAGUCCUUUCUGCAAAGCAAGUCCAAGAGUUGUUGUCGGAGGAUCAUGGAUGUAGCCUACCAGCCACACCACAAUCCAUUUCAGAUCUCAAAUCACUGGCCACUGCAUUACUGGAAACCAUCCAUGAAAAAAACAUGGUCAUACAACACCAAAGACAAACUAACAAAAUUCUAGGUAAUCGAGUGGCAGAACUAGAAAAGAAAUUAAGAACUUUGGAAAUUGCUGGCUUGUGGAGUCUUCCAGGCCUGAGCUACAAUGUCUCAGUGGGAUUUGGGAGUGGGAAGGACACGAUAACAUUCAGUGACCCAGCCCUGCCUGUGAUACAGCGCUCCAGGUCACCCUUGUCAGCCUUUGCUGAUAAGCCUCAGAGAACUGAAGUACAAGCAGAACAGAAGGGAGAACGUGAUGAAACUUAUGCUGUUGCAAGUGAAUCUCUGUCUCCAGAGGGAACAAACUUAAAUAACAGAAUCCAAAAUAAACAUUUUUACCCUUCAUUACCCCAGCUACCUUCUGAGGAAGAAGACAUAAACAAGCUUGGAAGUCAGAUAAUUAAACUGACAGUUGCAGAACUGGAAGGGAAAAGAGGAGGCGCUCCUGUGGGGGAGCAGAACGUGGGAGUUGAAGCAGAGCUUAAUGAUUCAUCAGAGGCAGAGUUCCCACUUUCCAGCCCUGAUCCAUCUGACCCCACAGAUCCCUCAAACUCUGAGAAUGAACGAACUGGUGAAACUGAGGCCCUGAAAGACAAUGACAAAACCUUGGAGAGAGAUUGUGAAAUUCCAAAUGGAAGAGAGAAUCAAAACAGCAGCACCAUGGAUGUGGUGCAUGCUGAGGAUGCUGGAAGGCAUGGAGGGCUCAGUGUUCAAACUGCAGACACAAAUAACAGCUUUGAGGAGCUCUCUGAAUCUGAAAACAAGAAACCAUCUGAUGCUGCUGAAAACCAUGAAUAUUUGGAUAACAGUUUGGCUUGAGCUCAUCUCAUGAAAAUGAAGCAAGUUAUUUCACCAGAUACUGAAAGCCCAAUUUAAUGAAGCUCUGAAGGAAACAUCAUCAGAGGAGCCAGAAAUCUUACUGUAAGAAACAGCAAUGCUGUUCAAAAGCAGAGAAAAAGCAAGAGGAGGAGCAGUGAUGUCCUGUCCAGCUUACUUGGCUGUCAGUUUCUGGAACUGCAUUCCUCUACUCACAGGAGCUGGAAUGGGCCCUCGGGCUUGGUUAAUGGGUGAUAGGUUUCAGCCUAGUCCAUCUGUGCUCUCCUUUCUAAAGGAAUUUUGUGUCUUUUUUAUUUUCUCAUUACUUGGAAUUAAGGGUAACUCUUCCUUUCCUCCUCAUUUCACCAGUCUGUGGUGUGGUAGAAGGAUUAUUUGCAUUGUUGCCACUUUUUUAAACUUCUCUUGAAGAGGUUUAGUCAUAGAAAAACAUUCCUAUAGUAACUGGGGGAAAAGGGAGCUGCUGUGUCAUUCCCUAGCUUGGCCCCGAUGCUGGAGCUGUGCCACUCUGCUUCUAGGAAGACAGCAACGAGGGAAUGCUUAACACUGAAGUUAGCAGCUGUUGGGGAAGGGGAGGCAGGUCUUUCCUCUCCUGUUUGUAGCAUAAGGAACUGUCCCUGCAGCUGUGGAACUUCUGAGGGCCAGCAGCCAUCAAGGCAAUUUUUCUCCUGGCUUGGGACCUAAUUGUCUGUAAAUGUUCAUUUCUGACUCCUAGAACUUGAAACCAAUCAGAGAGAAUUAAAGCAAAUUUAAUAAAAUACUACUAAUAAAAAGGGAAAUCCCUCCCAGACUGAGUACUUCCUUGACAACUGCCAGCUGCAAGUUUUUACAGCCCACUUGUCAGCCACUGCAUAAGAGAGUUUAUAUUAGCAGUACUGACAAACUCUUCUGUAUGUGUAAGAUGAGGUAGCAGGUGCUGCCAUAAUCAAGGUGUCAGAGCCCAUGAACGGUUUGUAUUCAGCAGGAGAAAGGCUGUAUGUAAAUUAUUACAUAUAAAUAUAAGGAGUGAUAGUUGGAGGGUGAAAAAUGUGGUUUGUCUCUGUUCUCAUGUGUUUUCUUCAGCAGGUGCAUUUGUGUAACCCUUUCAGUGUCUGUCUGCAGGAUACAAAGCCAUACUUGGAGUGCUCUUCAAAUAUGUGUACUUUGUCUUUAAGGGUGAUUGGACAUUGCAGCAUUCCACUGAUGUUAAGCAGCAGUCCUUAGGAACAAAAGUUAUAUAAAUAGUUAAGCGUAUUAGAGACAUGAAACAGUAAAAUGUUUUUAUUUUGUUAUCUUGCUCCCCAUUAAAAUUCCUCAUUACCUGAAAAAACCCCAAGAGUUUAAAUAUUUGAAGGAGUGUUAAGAUGUUCCCAGUAAUUGUAACUGACUGCAUUACCAACUCAUUUUUGUGACAGUCAGAAGAAAAAUAGCUGUAGAAAGUAAAAUCUCCAGGAGAAUGUGCAGGAUUUUUUCCUGUAAUGCCUGAAUGUCACAUGAAGUAGCAUUUUGUUUGAGAUGUAUUUUUUCCCCUUCACAGACUGAACCUGCACAGAGCUAAAUACCAAUGCAUUCAGAACUGAGGCAAGCAAAGCAGAAGGUCAAGAUUUCAUGUGUUGAGCUCAGAAACAUUGAGGGUCUUUUACUAUUUCCCUGCCCUGUGUCUUUCCUGACCCAGAGAUGUGAGAAUGAGUAUUUUCCUCACAGUCCCUUAACAGCCAGUUAAUGCUGUUAGUUAAUUAAGAGCUUGGUGUAAGGCUGAAGCAGUGCUGGAUCAACAGCUUGUUAGUGCCUCAUGCUGAUUCUUUUCAAUUAUGUCUUUUCUGUGAAACCAUACUGGUGUACAACCCAGUAAUUAGGGAAUCUUAGUACACGUCCUCACACCAUUCUCCUGCUUAGAUGUAAUUUUUAAAUCCUUGCAAUCACUAAAUUCCAGUAAGAUACGUAGAUCUCUGAAAACCUCAUUUCCAGUGUGAUGCCACUACUGCAAUACUGGCCCUCUCCUUUCUCUUCUAGCAAAUGUGUAUUCCAGCUACAUUUUUACCUUUCUCCCAGGAACACAAGACUUCAAAGCAAGGAGACUUGUACAAGUAAGACAUUGUUGCUGCACUAGGUGAUAAGUAAUUAAAUGUUCUUGUCAGUAUCUUCCUUGGAUAUUGCUUUAAUUGAUAUCAUUGUGCUAAUAUAACAAUGGGUUUUUUUCCCAGUAAAUUUAACUUGUGGUUUUUUGUGGACUCAACUCUACCUUAGAUUUGGUGGGGUUGGUUUUGUUUUUUGUUUUUUAAGACCUGUGUUCCCUUUUUCUUCUACUUUAGAAGUGCAGAAAUCACAACCAGACAUGUAAGCCUUCUUGGUGUUGGGCUUUGGGGAAGCAAACUGGGGAGGGAAUUUUGUGGCAGGAGUAUGGAGAAGCUGCAUUUCACAAACUCAUUUUAAGGAGGUUGUUGUACCUAAAGGUCAAGUCAUGCAUUAUGUGUGAGAAGGAUUUCAUUUGAAAGUAGGAUAAUGUGGUUAUUGAAAAAAUAAUGUUAACUGAAUUUGUAAAAUAAGUGUGUGAAAAUGACAGAUUAAGAAGCAUCUUUUAGAAUGCUGCUUCUUUUCUAAGUGAGACUAUUUUUAAGCAUAUGGGAAUUUGUAUAAUAAAGAUAGUGGAAUUUCUUUAAUCCCUAUGAGCUCAGGAAUGUAUUUCAAAAUCUUAACUGAGAUUAAGUUGAAAAUCUGCUGCAUUUCUAAAAGAUAGCAUUUUGUUUACCAGCUUCUGUUUUGUAGUUUGCUUUCUAAAUUAUGCAGUUUAAUUUAUUUGCAAACUAGUCUUUUGUUGCUGCUUGGAUUAAUAGCACAAUGUGGUUAAACUAUAUUAAUAAAUUUUGUCAUCUUUAAUAAAAAUAUUUACUGAUA